GGGCUGGGCUAUGGCGCUCAGCUGCCGCGCGAGGGUGGUGGGGCACUGAGGUCCGAGUAGGGGACUCAGGAGGUGCCGCCGUAACCCCGAGAUGGGCUGGGAGUGAAACUAUGUAGCGUUUUCAGAAACUCACUUUGACCCAUCUGAAGUCCAUAUGGCUCUGUAUGAUGAAGAUCUCCUGAAAAAUCCUUUCUAUCUGGCUCUUCAAAAGUGGCGCCCUGACUUGUACAGCAAGGUGGCCCAAGUCCAUGGCAUUGUCUUAGUGCCUUGCAAAGGAAGCCUGUCGAGCAGUGUUCAGUCUACUUGUCAGUUUGAGUCCUACAUUUUGAUACCCGUGGAAGAGCAUUUUCAGACCUUAAGUGGAAAGGAUGUCUUUAUACAAGGAAACAGGAUUAAAUUAGGAGCUGGUUUUGCCUGUCUUCUCUCAGUGCCCAUUCUCUUUGAAGAAACUUUCUACAAUGAAAAAGAAGAAAGUUUCAGCAUCCUGUGUAUAGCUCAUCCUUUGGAAAAGAAAGAGAGUUCAGAAGAGCCUUCAGCACCCUCAGAUCCCUUUUCCCUGAAAACCAUUGAAGAUGUGAGAGAAUUUUUGGGAAGACACUCUGAGAGAUUUGACAGGAUCAUCGCCCCUUUCCACCGAACAUUCCGAGAGUGUGAAAGAAAGAGCCUCCGCCAGCACAUAGACUCGGUCAAUGCUCUCUACACCAAAUGCCUCCAGCAGCUUUUGAGGGACUCUCACCUGAAAGUGCUUGCCAAGCAGGAGGCCCAGAUGAACCUGAUGAAGCAGGCGGUAGAGAUGUACGUCCAUCAUGAAAUUUAUGAUCUGAUCUUUAAAUAUGUGGGGACCAUGGAGGCGAGUGAGGAUGCUGCCUUUAACAAAAUCACAAGAAGCCUUCAAGAUCUGCAGCAGAAAGAUAUUGGUGUGAAACCUGAAUUCAGCUUCAAUAUACCUCGUGCCAAGAGAGAGCUAGCUCAGCUGAACAAAUGCACCUCCCCACAGCAGAAGCUGGUGUGUUUGCGAAAGGUGGUGCAGCUAAUUACACAGUCUCCUAGCCAAAGAGUUAACUUGGAGACUAUGUGUGCUGACGAUCUACUAUCAGUCCUGUUAUAUCUGCUUGUGAAAACAGAGAUCCCUAAUUGGAUGGCAAAUUUGAGUUAUAUCAAAAACUUCAGAUUUAGCAGCUCAGCAAAAGAUGAAUUGGGAUACUGCCUGACCUCAAUUGAGGCUGCGAUUGAAUAUAUUCGGCAAGGAAGCCUCUCCGUUAAACCACCUGAGUCUGAGGGAUUUGGUGACAGACUAUUCCUUAAGCAGAGAAUGAGCUUACUGUCUCAGAUGACUUCAACUCCCAUUGACUGCCUAUUUAAGCACAUUGCAUCAGGUAACCAUAUAGAAGUGGAAAGACUUCUGAGCCAAGAUGACCAUGAUAAAGAUGCCAUCCAAAAGAUGUGUCACCCUCUGUGCUUCUGUGAUGACUGCGAGAAACUUGUCUCUGGGAGGCUGAACGAUCCCUCGGUUGUCACCCCAUUCUCCAGAGAUGAAAGAGGUCAUACACCUCUUCAUGUGGCUGCUCUCUGUGGGCAGGCAUCCCUCAUUGACCUCCUGGUUUCCAAGGGUGCUGCAGUGAAUGCCACGGACUAUCACGGGUCGACGCCACUUCAUCUGGCAUGUCAGAAGGGCUAUCAGAGCGUGACGCUGCUGCUGCUGCACUACAAGGCGAGCACCGAAGUGCAGGACAACAAUGGGCAUACUCCUCUCCAUCUGGCCUGCACCUAUGGCCACGAAGACUGUGUGAAGGCCUUGGUCUACUAUGAUGUGCAGUCAUGCAGACUACAUAUCGGUAAUGAGAAAGGAGACACUCCCCUACACAUAGCUGCACGUUGGGGUUACCAAGGCAUUAUAGAGACAUUGCUACAAAAUGGAGCUUCCACAGAGAUCCAGAAUAGACUGAAAGAAACACCACUCCAGUGUGCAUUAAACUCAAAGAUUCUGUCUAUAAUGGAAGCCCAUCAUCUGUCCUUGGAAAGGAGGCAGAAGUCAUCUGAGGUCCCCAUGCAGUCCCCUCAGCACUCUGUGGAUUCCAUCAGCCAGGGGUCCUCCACCUCCAGCUUCUCCUCCAUGUCGGCAAGCUCUAGACGGGAGGAGACCAAAAAGGACUACAGAGAGGUAGAAAAACUUUUAAGAGCGGUUGCUGAUGGAGAUCUAGAAAUGGUGCGUUACCUUUUGGAGUGGACAGAGGAGGACCUGGAUGAAGGGGAGGGUGCUGUCAGUGCUGCGGAUCUUGAAUUUUGUCACCCCUUGUGCCAGUGCCCCAAAUGUGCACCAGCUCAAAAGAAGCUGGCUAAGAUUCCUGCCAGUGGGCUUGGUGUGAAUGUGACCGGCCGGGAUGGCUCCUCCCCACUGCACAUUGCUGCCCUGCAUGGUCGGGCGGAACUUGUCCCCCUCCUGUUGAAGCAUGGUGCCAGUCCCAGUGCCAGAAAUGCAAACCACGCUGUCCCACUCCAUCUGGCCUGCCAGAAGGGCCACUUUCAGGUGGUGAAGUAUCUAUUAGAUUCUAACACAAAACCCAAUAAAAAGGAUAUAAGUGGAAACACACCCCUCAUUUACGCCUGUUCCAAUGGCCAUCAUGAGGUUGCGGCUCUGUUGCUGCAGCAUGGGGCCUCCAUUAAUGCUUCUAAUAAUAAGGGAAACACAGCACUGCACGAAGCUGUGAUGGAAAAGCACGUCUUCGUGGUAGAGCUGCUUCUGCUUCAUGGAGCAUCCGUUCACAUCCUGAACAAGAGGCAGUACACAGCUAUAGACUGUGCUGAGCAGAAUUCAAAAAUAAUGGAAUUACUUCAGGUAGUACCAAGCUGUGUUGCCUCCUUAGAUGAUGUUGCUGGAACAGACCACAAGGAGUAUGUUACUGUUAAGAUCAGGAAAAAAUGGAAUUCAAAAAUGUAUGAUCUACCAGAUGAACCUUUUACAAGACAGUUUUAUUUUGUUCCCUCAGUUGGUCAAUUGAAGGGAAAGACUUCAGGGGAGAUUAUGGCAAGAGAUAGAAGUGUCCCUAAUUUUACUGAAGGUUCUUUGCAUGAGCCAGAGAGGCAAAGAGCCACGCUGAAACAUAAUAACCUGCCAGACCAAGGGAGAUCUCAGAGUGACAAAGGAAAUAAUGACUGGCCCGAGGGGCCUGGACUGAAACAUACUGCUCCUGGAAACAGGCGAAUGCUUCGGAGACAGUCAACAAUGCAGUAGUAUCCAAGGGCCCACAGACUGCUGGCAACUUAACCACUCCCCAAGAGGCUAGUACUUCCCAGUCUUAACAGUAAUAAGGAAUUCUAAAAUUUGCUGAAAAGAAGUGGGUAUGCAACAAGAAGAUGCUGAGCAUGAACACGGUUUAGAACUAAAUGUACUUGCAAGUAACUGGCUUCAGAGAGUAAGUCUUCAGCAGAAAGUUCCUGAAAGCUUUUCUGUGGUUGAGGGAAAGAAUGCAACAAAAAAACUUAUCACCGUCUCUCUCUUCAAGACUCUCUCCUCUUCAAAGCUAAUGAGUACACUUGAAAAGGAACAGACAAAGAUUCCAGUAGUGUCCAGAUCCUUAAGUCCAGGAUGUUUCUUUUUAAGCAUUAGGGUUCACUGGAUACAGGGAGAGGUUUCACCACCGGAUUCUGACCUCCUCCUACUGAAAGGUGCUAAAUCUCCGUGAUGUGUAUAAAUUAGCAAACCACAAGCUAAAAGAAUUCCCCCAUCUGGGAUAAGCUGAAGAGAAGUAAUUUAAGUUUCAUGGUACCAUGGAGGCCAAGCAGAAAUGUCACAUCUGAAUGAAAAAGAAUCUGAAAAAUGUUCCUUUGCAAAGCAAACUUGAACCAAAAGAUACCUAAAUGCCAUUUUGAUGUUCAUUUUAGUGAAAAGACAUAUUAGACUUGUACUACACCAUACAUAUGGCAAAAGUUGGGUAUAAUUUUCCUUCCAACAAAGUACAGAUAUUUGGUCACUACUUAUGCACCUGUAGCAGUGUCCCUGGAAACAUCCUGUUCUGUUAAGAACCUCCCUUAAAUGUCACACCGAAUGGAUGGUUUCUGGACUAGAGAGUAGGUUUGGCACAUCUUUUCUUCGUCUUUUGAUUCAAAUUCAAAACUUACAGCACAAACCAGGUCAAAGUUACUUUAAGUUAGAGUUUGCCAUUUAUUCCUUUUUAUAACUUUCUAUAUAUUAUGCUGUUAUUUUUUUUAUGUUAUUGGUCUAGACCCACAAACAUGGUUUUGUCCUGAGUACGUUUUCAAAUAACUUUGUAAUAGGGAAAUGGUUUUGUGCAUGUUCUUGGAAAUACUGUGUAUGUAUAGAAGGGAGGGGUUGAUUAUUUUUCUACAAAGUAAUUUAUGAUUUCUAAUUUUCUAAUGUGCCUUGGAUAUGUGCCAAAUGAUGGAAAAGAAACAGUAAACUUUAUGAUUCUUGA